UCUUCUCGUUUCUAGAUACUGGCAGCCAUGUCAACGGAGCGACUCUCCGUCGCCCCUCGACUCGAGCUAAGUCACACUGCGUGCAGUACUGAACGCUCAAUCACCGAGUCUAGACCAACUCUUCCAUAUCCCGUGUCACCAGGAUCAAUCGACAUGGACGUGGCUUGGUCAUCGAACCUGGUUCCUUAAGCAUGGCAGGUCGUACCUUACCCCGGUGCCAGAGCCAGGGCUGCUGGGGCGGUGUUACCGGGGAAUGCUGAGGGGCAAUUCGGUGUCUCGGUGUCUGCUCCGAAGCGGGGUGAAGAUCGCCAUAUAAAGCUGGCAGCUGGAGUUGGAGCUGCAACAUGCCCCUCAGCUCUCAACACACCAAUUGAUCUUCUCCUCCCAGCUCAAUUAUUCAAUCUUUUGACGCCAUGACUCUCACCGGAAGCUGCCUCUGCGGCAAUAUCACCUACACCGCUGAGACCGAUGAGUACCUGAAAGCGCUCUGCCACUGCACUGACUGUCAGAAGUGGACCGGUGGCGCCUUCACCUCCAACGCAGUCGUUCCCCGCGAGAGCUUCAAAGUCACCAAAGGAACACCCUCCUCCUAUGACGUUGUUGGUGCCAGCGGCAAGAUUAACAAGCACUUCUUUUGUUCGACCUGUGGAUCCAGCUUGUACACUGAGCUCGAAGUCAUGGCCGAUAAGACCGUAAUCAAGGCAGGUACUCUGGACAAUGGCGACACCAACCUGGGUGGGAAGGUGGAUAUCGAGUUCUACGUCAAGGAUCGACCCUCGUAUCUGGCUGCUGUCGAGGGCGCCAAGCAGGAGCCGCGCUUUGGUUAAGGGGUCGGUGAACUCGAGUUGUUCAUGCUUUACGAAGUUUGAAGUUAUCAGAAUGAAU